AUGUCCCGUCAACUUAUUUCGAGCGAGAAGUUCCCACCUAAGCCACACAACUGCCCUGCCACCAAAGUGCCUGGUCUUGUCUUCCUCGCUGGUCAAACAGCCACGGGUGAGAUCAAGCAAGCAACAAGGACCGUCCUGCAAAAUCUCAAGGAGGUCUUGGAGCUCUCAGGAUCGUCUCUUGAGCAGGUGGUCAAGUAUAAUGUCUACCUUGCAGACAUGAAGGAUUUCGCAGCCAUGAACGAGGUUUACAUUGAAUUCCUCCCCAAGCCCAUGCCAUCGCGGUCGUGCCUCCAGGCACUUCCUCCAGGAGACGGCACGGUCAUUGAGAUCGAGUGCAUUGCACAGGCUUAA